GGCCAUGUUAGCAAGAUCAUCAGUCGUCAGUUGGGCAGCCCAGCCCAUAUGGCCCAGACAUACUCAACAAGAGGGCCCCGGCGCAAGCAGCCCAUUACCAUCCUCUGUGGCAGAUAAGAGCGAACCCUGAAGAGCUCGCUCCACCUGCACCCGGGCCCACUACCGUAUCUCCUCAUUGCGCGGACUAGCAGUUCCCGCUUGGAUGCUACUAUGCGGACACUUAGACAUCUCUUCAUCACGUGGUUAAGUAAAUCGCCACGUAUCACCUGCCCGCAACGAAAAGCGCAGCCAUGAGCUCACAUCCCGCCAUUAAUGAGACUACACGUGGCCAUGCCCAUCGGCCUCCGCCUCAAAUAAUAAUUAAACAAUAUCUCUUCUCGAUUUAACUUUUCACAAAUUCUGGUUGGAAAACCACGAGAAAAUUCGUGGCUCAGAUUUGUCCUCCGUCGCCGAGAAAAGCUGCUCCGCUCGCUCCCGCCGUCGAUGUCCUUCCUCUUCUUUACUCUCUCGGAGAAAAGAUAUCAAAAACUCUGCUCCAACUCUACCCUUUCUGAGAUUUCGUUCCGACCAGUGAAGAGAUGUAGUAGAGGUGGCGGCGGCAAUGAUUUUGAUGAUGAUUCGUUGUUUCUGUUUCGGUACCGUCGCGGAUUAGGGCGGCUGGAAGGAUUGAGAUAGCGAGUUAUGAGGUACUUCUUCCGUCAAAUUGAGCGUUUGGUUGGAGAUAUGGAAGGAGGAAUUUUGCUAUUCGUCGACUACUUCGAGUCCAAUUGAUCUUUUGUGUGUUUUCAUCUUUGUGCUUCUCGAAUUUGAGAUUAGGGUAUGGAAGGGAACUCUUCUGGAGAUGAUGCCGUCCUAGUCAAGGUGAGGAAGCCUUACACGAUUACGAAGCAAAGGGAGAGGUGGUCUGAGGAAGAGCACAACCGUUUUCUUGAAGCUUUAAAGCUGUAUGGAAGGGCAUGGCAACGCGUUGAAGAGCAUAUUGGUACUAAGACAGCUGUGCAAAUUAGAAGCCAUGCCCAAAAGUUCUUCACUAAGCUCGAGAAGGAAGCUCUUGAAAAAGGUGUUUCACCAGGACAAGCUCAUGAUAUUGAUAUCCCUCCUCCAAGACCUAAAAGGAAACCAAGCAAUCCAUAUCCACGGAAAUCCAUUGCGGGUUCUUUUUCUCUUUCUGGCGAAGCAAUAUAUGAGAGAUUGUCACAACCAAUGCCUCUCCAUGGAGCAAGUGAAGUAAUGGACUUUGAAAGUGAAGAAGCAUCAGAGAAAUUCACAGCAUUGCAGAAGUUGCAAAGUAAAGAUGCUUGUGAAAGUGCAGACCGCUCAGAGGUUCUUAAUGUUUUUCAAGAUUCUGUAUCUACUUCUAUGUCUUCUGUAAGCAAGAUCUCUUCCAAUCAUAGAAAGUAUUUGGAACUCUUUCCCAUUGAGGAGAAACUGGAUGGCAAUGUUUCAAUUAACAAAUCUUCAGUUCCUGAUAAAAUGGAACAGGAGCUAGAUAAAUUUUCUCAUGGAGUUGAUAAAACAGGACAAUGUACAAAGCAACAAACAGAAGACCUUCAAACCCACAUAAAGCAACAUCCUUCAUGCACGAACGGCAUUGAAACUGAAGACCCAGAUGCUCAGAACCCUGCUGCAGUGAUGAAUACUAAACCACCCUCAAACCCUGCAGUUUCUGCAAUGCAAUUCCAGAAUCCACCAUCAAUUGGUUCCGUGCAUCAACCAUUUCCAGUCUGUUCGCCUUUGUCUUACUUCCAUAGCAAUCAAGAUGCCUAUAGGUCAUUCCUAAACAUGUCAUCCACCUCUUCAAGUCUUAUUGUUUCCACCUUGUUACAAAAUCCAGCAGUUCAUGCAGCGGCCAUCCACGCAGCAUCAUUAUGGCCAUCUUCUGAAGCCGAGACCCCUGUCCAGCCAACUGCAGAAAUUUCAACUGGUGAAAUUCUGGAAAAACGAGAAAAGUCAGCCACGAGCUUGCAGGCCAUUGCUGCUGCUACUGUUGCUGCUGCUGCUGCAUGGUGGGCAUCACUUGGCCUCUUGCCAUGGUUCCCUCUGCCUUUUGCCAGUUUUGCAUUUGCUUCUCAAUAUACAAGUAUGGGACCCUCAGCAGACCCAACUCGAACUCAAGGAUUCGAUGGAACUGAGAGGAAGCCUUCGGAAGCAGGACAAGAAGUUCCGAGUGAAAAUCAAUUUGAUUCUGUAAAACCCAUGUACCACUCUUCUAAACCAUUAUCACCAUCAGACUCGGAUGCCAGUGGAAGAGGUCAGAACUCCGACAAGCAAGCUGCUAGGUCCAAUAAGAUCAAACCAGAUAGUGGGCUUCAGGAUUCAGAGAAGGCGAAAGAUAAGAAAAUUCAGGAUCGUUCUUCCUGUGGAUCAAACACACCAUCCAGUAGUGAAGUAGAAACAGACACUAUAGAGAAAACACAUGAUGAGAAAGUGAAUAAUGAGUCUAAGGAAUCCCUCUUCAGUAAUUUUUCAGCGUGGGAAAUCAAUCAUCGCAGGCUGAGGAAUUGUGGAAGCAUGAAUGAAUCAUGGAAGGAGGUCUCUGAAGAGGGUCGACUUGCCUUUCAAGCACUGUUCAAGAGGGAGGUUCUUCCGCAAAGCUUUUCUCCUCCGCUCAGUGAUGAAGCCGCAGCUAUGCUUAACAAAGGGUUUACUGAACUGCCAGCUGAUGUUGACAAGAACAUGUGCACCACAAUCAAUCUUAACAGCCUUUGUAAUAAUGCCGAAAACAAGCCGGUUGUCAGAAACAACGAUACUACAGUGUCCGCGAAGCUCAAGAUUCGUCGGACAGGUUUCAAGCCUUAUAAGAGGUGUUCAAUAGAAGCUAAGGAUAACAGAUCCUCUGCUGUAGAAGAAAAUGGCAACAAGAGGAUACGUCUACAUGAGGAAGCUUCAACCUGACGAAACACAUGAAGAACACACGCAUGCUGGAUAUUCUUAAUGGUAUGCAGUUUAUCUAUGGAUUUAUAAGACUUGGAGUAUGCUAGACAUCAAAACUUUGGAACUUAAAACUCGCUUCUUGGUAUUGUAAUAAUAUUCAAUCAAGCAAGCAAUCGGUUAAUAACCGAACUAUUUAAAUCA